AUGGGGAAGGCACCAAAGGAUAACAGGAAGAACAACAACAGAGGAAAGCCAAUAGUUGUAGCCGACACACUCAACUCGGGUGCCUCCAAAAUCAAAAAGAAAAUCAGAGACAUCGAAAGACUUCUCGCCAAGAAGACCAACAACCUCCCUGCCGACAAGCGUAUCGAGUAUGACCGUGCCCUCAAAGCUCUCCGUGUCGAGUUGGCCAACGCCCAGACGCAGAUCAAGGCCAAGGAAAUCGCCAAGAAGUACCACAUGGUGCGAUUCUUCGAGAAGAAGAAGGCCGUCAGGAAAUUGAAACAGUUGAAGAAGACCUUUGACGAAGUGUCCAAGACCGAAGUAAGGAAAGACAUCAAGAAGGCAAGGAGAGCAGUGAGACAAGGCGAGAUAGAUGUUGCAUACGUGAUUUUGUUCCCCAAGACCGAAAAGUACAUCAGUUUAUACCCAAAUCCAAAGGAAAAUGACCAAGUUGAUGCAAAAGACCCUAAAGCCAUAUUGGGUGCUAAAAGAACACAAGAAAGACGAAGUCAAUUCAGAAAAGAAGUAGAGAAAUUGAUGGACGAUGGUAAAUUACCAUUCAGUAUCGACGAUGCCCUCGCAGGUAAGACCAUUAAGGUGGACGCUGUUCAACAAGCAACCUCCACUCAAGAGAUUGAUGCUCCUCAAGUUAAGCCCGAGGAAGAAGAACAAGACGAGUUCUUUGAAUAG